AGAGAGAGAAGGGGGAUUGUAUGUAAUGUGUGCCCGGACAUAAUAUCCGCUGUUUACGUUCUCUCCAAUCCAGACUUCUGAAUUUUCAACUGAAAACAACACUCAAGAAGGCAAAGCUCUUCGCACACUGUGUGUGUGUGUGUGAGAGAGAGAGAGAGAGAGAGAGAGAGAAGAUUUCUUUAGUCAUCUGCAAUAAUCCCAUUGAUGGGUUUAAUGAGGAUUUCUUUAUAGUCUCUCUCUUUUUCUCUCUGGCGUUUUCUUGAGGGACAUAUAAGUGGAAAGUUCUGAACUUUGUCUCUGAAAUUUUCUUGAUUUUGGAGUAGCUUGUGUUGAAAGACAGGAAGAUGGAUGGAUCAAACGAGAAUUUCCCAGGAGUGAUGAGGCCUUCAACCAUUCGAGGGGGAUUGAAGCCAGGAGGUGGAAACUUUACUGCAGGGGUUGGUAAUAACAGGAGGGCAUUGAGUACAAUCAAUAGAAACAUCAUAGGAGCUCCCCCUCACCCUUGUGCUGUUCACAAAAGAGGGGUUUUGACAGAGAGAAAUGCUGGUUGUAACAAGAAUCCGGUUAAUCCGGCUCAUCGUCCAGUCACAAGGAAGUUUGCUGCACAAUUGGCUGUCAGAGAGCAGCAUCCUGCACUUGAGGAAAUCAAGCCAUGCCUCCAACCAAUUUCGAGUACACAUCAAGAGGGCGACUGCAUUAUUAUCGAUGCAGAGGAGUAUAAGCCCACUGAUGAUCAUGACGUUCCGAUGUUUGUGCAACAUACAGAAGCUAUGAUGGAAGAAAUUGAUCGGAUGGAUGAGGAGGUUGAAAUGGAAGACAUUGAUGGGGACGAGCCGGAAGUUGACAUAGAUAGUUGCGACAAGAAGAAUCCACUUGCAGUUACUGAGUAUAUUGAUGCUAUAUAUGCAUAUUACAAGAAGACAGAGAGCUUAAGCUGCGUCAGGCCGAACUACAUGUCACAGCAAUUCGACAUUAACGAAAGAAUGAGGGGCAUUCUUAUCGACUGGCUGAUUGAGGUGCAUUACAAGUUCGAACUGAUGGACGAAACAUUAUAUUUGACUAUCAAUCUCAUUGAUAGAUUUUUAGCAGUCCAAUCCGUCGUCAGGAAGAAACUACAGCUAGUUGGAGUGACUGCUAUGCUCCUCGCCUGCAAGUAUGAAGAAGUUUCCGUUCCCGUUGUCGAUGACCUCAUAUUGAUAUCAGACAAAGCUUACUGCAGAAAAGAAGUGCUCGAUAUGGAGAAACUGGUGAUCAACACUUUGCAGUUUAAUCUCUCGUUGCCAACUCCAUAUGUUUUUAUGCGCCGUUUCCUGAAAGCUGCUAAAUCGGACAAACGGUUGGAGCUGCUGUCCUUCUUCAUAAUCGAGCUUUGCCUCAUCGAGUACGAGAUGCUUAGGUUCCCACCGUCCUUGCUAGCAGCUGCAGCAAUCUUCACAGCUCAAUGCACUCUCAGUGGCUGUAAGCAAUGGAGCAAGACGUGCGAGAGGCAUGCAAAUUACAGCGAAAACCAGCUCAUGGAAUGCGCAAAACUGAUGGUGAGUUUCCAUCAGAAGGCAGGAACGGGGAAGCUUACCGGUGUGUACAAGAAGUACAGUACUUCAAAAUACGGCUAUGCUGCUAGAACAGAACCUGCUGUUUUUCUCAUAGACGAAGGAUAUUAGUACCGUUUUGAAUGCCAUGAAAGCAUAUAGAUCAUCCAACACUGUUGUUGGGGUCGGGACGCAAUCGAGCAACGCAAGUUGCCCCGUGGAUGCAAGACUACUAAUGGGAUUUUCUUGAAUUUUUGUAUCUGAAAAAUUUGGUGCUUUCAUCAUACUCUUUUUGAUGGCAGUUCUUGCAUUUUCUCUAAGGAUGUGUGAGUUUGACAAGACAGUAUUGUUCGUCAUAUAUGUAACUAGUGACUGUUUCAUGCUUCUUAUCAAUUACUGGAAAUUUCAAAGCAAAAAUUUCCAUUUACUGGA